UGAAGGCAGCAUAAGUUCAUCCUCGCCAUCAGCAGUCUGGUCAACAACAGUCCUCCCAGAAGACACGCCAGCAAACUUCACCGAGUGUCUGCGCUCCUAAACACCGACAUGGAUGCCCUGAAGUCGGCUGGAAGAGCCAUAAUACGGAGUCCAAGUAUGGCGAAGCAGUCCUGGACGGCCGGCAGACACAGAAAGCUUCCUGAGAACUGGACUGACACGAGAGAGACCAUCUUGGAGGGCAUGACCUUUAACCUCCGUCACCUUGGCAUGACUCUAGUGGACCAACCCAAGGGAGAGGACCUAUCAGCAGCUGCCGUCAAGAGGAUUGUUGCCACGGCUAAAGCGAGUGGGAAGAAGCCUCAGAAGGUCACGCUCAAGGUCUCUCCACAGGGAAUACUCCUGUACGACAGCCUCACCAACAAACUCCUAGAAAAUGUCUCCAUAUAUAGAAUAUCCUACUGCACAGCGGACAAACUGCACGACAAGGUGUUCGCCUAUAUUGCUCAGAACACCCUCAAUGGGACCCUGGAGUGCCAUGCCUACCUCUGCUCCAAGAGAAAAGUGGCUCAGGCUGUGACCUUGACAGUAGCCCAAGCUUUUAGAGUGGCUUUUGAACUUUGGCAAGUGGCCAAAGAAGACAAAGAGAAGAGGGUGAAAUCUGGUUCAGCAGGAGAGGCCAGCAGUAGUUCCCAGUCAGAGAGAUCUAACAGCUUGGGCAGCCUCAAAGGGACAGAUGUUGCCACAGAAAACCUUUUGGACUUUGAGGAUUUGGUACUAGAGAGCAACGGGAAUGUAGAGGAAAGUCAAGUGGACAACCACAGGCCCUCUGAGAGCAACAAUAACAACAAUGCUUGGGAAAUAGAGGAUGGUUUGGAUGAAGCCUUCUCCAGACUGGCAGUGUCGCGUACUAACCCCCAGGUCCUGGACAUUGGGGUGACGCCCCAAGACUGGCUGACCGAACCCGACUGGGACACCGCCAAUGGGAACACUCCAAAUGGUAUCAGCCCGCCCGGGGAUGCCAUCUUUGGCUUCUGACCAUCACAGCACUGCACAGAAACAAAGUGAUUAAGGGGAGGGAGAGCUUCAGGGUGUCACUGUGUCAAGUAUUUAAACACAUCUGUAAGGGCGAGUCCAUAAGGGAAUAGGUGUAGAGCUUUGAGAUUGAUUUUGGCCUCUUUGCCUUGUUGCUGGACUCUCAACAUGGACAUUGGCUCCCUUCCUUGUGGAAAUAACAUGGGGUGUGUCCCUCUGCGCACCAAAGCAAUAACACAGUUCCUUAAAGUUACCAGAUCAUUCGUAUUGUUAGACUGCACACAUUUUGACAAGCCUCUGUUGACUGAGUCAGUUUAUUUCAUUUUGUUUUCUUUGUUUAGUCUUGUUUGUUUAAAAUUUUCUGUGUCCCAGUAGCUUUAGCAUAAAAAUCAGUGUUAUAUAUGUAUGGUUUAGUUAUAAUUUAUAGUUUUAUUUUACUAUUUUUUUCAUGAAGCCAAGUGGAGGAAUUAAUUCAAACCUAAUCGUGUAAAGCUUAUUCCUUUCACAAUAUCACCAAGUAUAGUGUAUCACCAAGCCUUAAUAAUGAAGAAAAAGCAGGACAAUCAGCUACACUAUUUUAAUGGUUAAGAAAAGCAAAUGACAAGAAACCAGCCACCUGUUUGUAUCUCUGGAGUAUCAGUCACUUAUGAAGAUGUAAAGAUUUAACCUUGCUCUUGCCUUGGAUCUAAAUUGGUUGUCAGUAAACAUUGUUUUGCAGCUAAAAGCUAAACAAAACAAAACAAAACAAUGAAGCUGUUGUAUUUAAAUGUUUGCUUAUUCAAAAGGAUGAAUGUUGACAUAUAUUGCCGUAGCUGUGCACUGUGCAUUUCUAAUCAGUGUAACAUUUUUUUCGAAUACUCAAAUGAAACCCAUGAGUGUACAGUGCCGUUGGAGAUUCCAGCAUGGCUAUUAUUUACCAGCAUUUACACAAAAUUAAAAUGUAAUCAUGAAAAAGAA